AUGAAUGGUGUAAGCGCUCUUACUGUCACUUUCGAUCGAGUGACACGAAGUGACGUCAUCAGUGCUAAAUCCGAAGAUGAGACAUUGCGUUUGAGCUAUACUGAUAGCGGAGAAUUGGAGAGCAUAGCUCAAGAAGGAGUGAUGGAUUUGGAACCGGCAUAUCGUCUAGCAAAUCUGAGCAUCCACUAUGAUUCGUUGGGUAAAAGAAAUGAGCUGAUUUGGGGUAAUCGUACUACUCAAGUUACCUACGAUCGGCAAAAUCGUAUUGUUGAACGUACAGUGAAGGGCGGAGUCACUGCGAAAUUUAUGUAUACCAAGGAGAUACCAUUUACCAAAAAAGCCUUAGCGGCUGAGGACAGUGAUGGAAAAUUGUUGGAGUGGGUGACCACGGACGAACAACAUCAUGUUCUUCGAGAAUACGAUCAAUAUGGACGAGUUUUCAGGAACAUGACGAAUUGCUUAGGCCAACAUCGAUACGAGCGGUGA